AUGAACAUAAGACCUAUUUCGACUUACGGAGUUGAGCUUAAGGGCUCCACUAAACCAUCAAAUUCCCCUAAUCCAAACUUUACAAUUCAAAAUUCUUCAGCCGUUUGCUACGACGAUGAGGUUCGCCCAUCCAGAAGAACCGCUCCAGUUGAUGGGCACAAACGCAAUCAGCUCGGACACGCGCAUGACUAAUUGUUCGAUCUACAGUGCCGCGGAGGAAUGCCGCCCUAGCGGUCUGCUUGGGGGCAGGAUUACCUCAGGGAUACAUCCUCAGUCCUUCAGCGAUCCUUAUGUAAGCUAUUGUAAUGGCGAGCUAUUACUGCGGGUUCUAGUGAGAGGAGUUUAAUGUUACGCUAUUAUGUAAGGGGUAAAAGACUAUCCGCAAAGAAGAGCAAAACGAAUUGUAAACGCUCAAUAAAUAGUAAAUGAAGAUAAACAAAAAAUAAAAUAAUAAACUGAAAAUUCCUCCCCAAUAACAGAAUCUACUUUGAAGGAAAAUUGUUUCGAAAAUAGUCAAAUUCCACAAUAACCUCAAUGUAUGGACUGUUGUCAGAAAUAAACAAGGUAAUGGUAUUGAAAUUCCGAAAAAUCUCAAAGCACUAGCGGAUCCAGGAUUUAAUUUUGGGGGGGGGGGGCUUCAGCCCGAAACCUUUUUUUUCAUAAAAAUAACGAUAAUUACUUUGGAAAAACAGAAAUAAAC